UGUAAAGACCCCAUUUACGUAGGAUCAAUUAUCGGUGGUUUAAUAACCUUGCUGCGGGUGUUGGGACAAGGUUAUUAAAAAAACAACUAAGCUAAAUAUGGAUUAACAAUCCUGUAUUCUAUAAUUCGGAUUAGGGUAAGUUUAUUUGUGUUCAAGAUUUUACGUAAUACAGAAAUUGGAAUUUGAACCGUUUAAGGUAGCGAAGCUUGAUUACAAAGAAGGCGAAAGAAUGAGAAAAGUGUGGCAGAUAUGCCGUUUGGUGUCGCAAAGUGAGCAACCGUUUGACCUGGGAUUUUUUUUUCGAAAAACGGAAAGAAGUUUACGAUCCUGACUUUUAUUGUUUCCAGUUUGUAAAGCAUGAUGCGCGACGCGCGCGGAUUCUGCUGUAUGAUGAUUUUACAGGCCAUGUUCUAACGCUGUUCAAAAACUAUCGUUUUUUGGGAAAAUCUUUUUUAAACGCAGACUGUGACAAUGAGCGAUAAAAUUGCAGAUUCGUUUCUUUCGGUCGUUCCGUCGUCGUCUUCAUUUUCCAGCAGCAGUGUCCAAUAUCGUGACCUCACGUCGUCACGUGACAACGACCCGUCAUCGGAAACAGCGUCUGUGGAUAAGCAAUUAAGGCUUUACGAGCUUAACAUGCGUCCGAACCCGCCAUUAACGACCCGUAAGAGCUCCGACGACGACGACGCCUGCGAGUUGAAAGCAAGAUAUUUCCGAACGAGGAAGGCGAACGGGCGAAGGUCAUUAGCAAAGCGAAAGCUGGUGAACAGUACCAGCUCUGUAAACUGCAACUCGUCACCUUACCCUUCCUCCACCGCCUCCUCCGGAAAAGAGUCUUCCUCUUCGGAAACUUUGUCUCCUGAUGGUAACGAGGAAGACAGAUGCAUGAUCACCUUUGGCGGUCUCAACAACGAAAUCGCUAACCAUGUGUUGGAGAGGAAUAUUGAAUGUUCUGAUAUUAAACAAAGCGAGGAAAUAAAAUGGGCGCUUGGGAAGAUCAAGUCUAGCGAGCAUAAAGAUGGCUUGGGAACAACUGGAGGCACCAGCAGUUACGAAGGCUCGAACAGCUACAACUUCCCCCCUAUUAUACCCGAGCAAUUCAAGAUUAUUUUCAAUGUUUCGGGUAAAAUAUUUGAGUCCGAUCAGCGGCAGUUGGACAGAUAUCCAAAUACAAUGCUGGGCGACCACAACAGUAGAAUGGAACAUUAUGACUGGAGAAGGAAAGAAUAUUUUUUCGAUCGACAUCGAGACGUGUUUGAGGCCGCGUUAGAUUUUUAUUCCAACAGUGGAACCCUGAUACGACCUGACCAUAUCCCUAUCGAUAUCUUCGUGAACGAAAUUCGUUUCUAUGCGUUCGAUUAUAAGACCCUGGAAGAUUUUCUGCGGGACGAAGGCCUUCUGUUGACGGUCAAAUCGAAACCGAUGCCGACGGGGAAAAUCAAGCGUACAGUUUGGCAAUUGUUUGAAGACCCAGAGAGUAGCUGGUGCUCUAAAGUUAUAACAAUAGUAUCAGCGCUCGUGAUAACAGUAUCUGUUGUGGUUUUCUGCCUUGAAACACUACCAGCUUUUUUGUCCCUAAGCCACAACGUGACGGAGGCAAUACAGCCGUCGGUGAACGCUUGUCAGCACAGCAUAAACAACCCACGAUUCUAUGGUGGGAACCGGACGUUGCAACCGACAGCGCAAACACGUUUGAAAGCAAACUCCCACGAAACAAGGAUUGAGGGGAAUAUUCUUGAUUAUAAAUUAGACGCACUUGUUCGUAUUGUGAAAUCAACCUUGGAGAAGUGCGUCGAAUCGCCCGAUCUUCCUGUAUUGUACCGGUACACCGCCGCACGUUGUUUAAUUGAGGUGGACGAUGAGCGUAAGCAGCUGGAGCAGUCGCUCAGCCAUCUUAAGCUGAUCCGAAAUAUUCCGAACAAAUCCGAAGAAUCUAAUCUUCGGCACAAGCGUCAGCGUAAAACCGAGCGAUACGCUGAGCGGUCGAUAGUGAACUUAAUAAACACAGGCGAGACCCACGCCAACCAAACGGGCUUCAAGCUGAACCAAUCGGUCCCGGAUAUAUUGGCAAGAUUGCUUAUCCGCACGUGCAAACAGCUUGACGAAAAUUCUACACGUUCCCCUUACGCUUGGUUUGUACUUGAAGCAAAAAUGGGAAGCCCUGCAGGUAUUUUGUUUCUCACCGAAACUUCUUGCAUCGUUUGGUUUGUUUUGGAGCUGGGUCUUCGUUUUCUUACAUGCCCGGACCGAAAAGCGUUUUGCAAGAGCUUCCUCAACAUCGUAGACGCCUCAGCCAUUCUCCCAUACUUCAUAACGUUAAUCGUUACCUCAAUCGAAAUCAAAACCCACCUUCGACCACAAACAGCCACAAUUCUGAGAACAAUCCGGCUUGUUCGGAUGUUGCGAAUACUCAAGCUUUCCCGCUACUCCCGUGGUUUCCGCAUCCUUGGACUUACACUAGUGAGGAGCACUCGCGUCCUCUUCCUUCUCGUUUGUUUUCAGAUGGUGCUAGCGAUCCUUUUUUCAAGCAUUGUGUACUUCGUUGAAUAUGAUGCACCCGGAACACAAUUCAAAUCUAUUCCAGAUUCUUUCUGGUGGGCUCUUAUAACAAUGACAACUGUGGGGUACGGUGACGUCGUUCCUAUAACUGUAUUUGGCAAAAUCGCCGGCGCCGGUUGCGCAAUUAUGGGAAUUCUUUGCAUUUCGUUCCCUGUCCCGGUGAUCGUAUCAAACUUUAAUUAUCUUUAUAAUUUGGACAAAGACGACUGCAAACUUGUACCCGAAGACAUCAUGGGUGACAACCACAUAUUCGAGCAAAAAGAUUUUAAAACGGUCGACAAGUUCCAAUAGGAAAAUUGAGCAGCUUUUUGUGUUACUUAUAAUAAAUAAACUAAACUCAAAAUCCGGCUAUGCUUUAAGAAUUAAAUGAUAUAGUAGGGUGUUAGACCAUAAGCAUCAACUUACACUGUUGAAACUUUUUAUUCUAGUAAAAACGUUUAAAUGCAGUUCUACAUUACAGCAAAGUCCAAAAAUC